GUGGCGGGAGAGGAGGAUGGAAUUCAGCGCCAUCUCGCCAUCUAUCUGGCCCACCACCAGCAUCAGCUGCGACAGGUGGCCCUUCUAAUAUCCCCACCGGCCCUCGAGCAUCCAUCUCAAAUGGAUCCGGCGCAGGAAUGUCUUCUGCUCAACGACCAUUUAACCCACCCACGGGGCCCUCAGCUCAACAUGGCAACGGGCCAAGACAGACCCUUGCUCAAAGCCUGUUGGCGACGAUGCCCCCUCUAAUUCCCGGCGGAAAAACAGAUCCGAGCAUGACACCCCUAGUACUUGGGGUCACGAAGGAGAUUGAACCACACUACAGAAAGCUAAAAGACGAAGAGGAAAAAAUACGCGAGGAACUACGGCUCAAGCAAGAACGGCUCCGAAAGAGUCUCUAUUCGUGGUCCAGACUUGACCGGGAUGCCAGGGCGUGGGAGAUGAGAAGUGACCUGAGCGAGAAGAGCAUGAAGAACUUGGCUGGUGAAGGCGUUGGCGGUGCAGCCUUUUAGACAUAUUUCUCCUCACUGGAUUUUUGCAUGGAUGGGUUUUCCUUAAUGAAGUUUUCGUCGUACUAGAGUUAUGCGUCUAAACUCUGCUAGCAUACGUUCAUCUCAGCCAGUAACUACUACCUACCUAUUUGUAUAUAACGUAGUAUCGAAAGAGGAAUGAUUAAUGGCAGAAUCAUCUCUUGAUGAAGACUUAUUUGCCACGCAUUC